AUGGCCGAGGAUCGCAAACAGAGCACCGUUACCGCAGGCUCCCCGAGUCCAACCACGCAAGAUUUCCCCCAGGCUGUGGCCGCGACGAGACAAUCCGAUAAGGAGGCCAACAACAAAGAGGACACUCAUGACAGCAUUGGCCCGGCGAGCCCCAGAUCUCCGACUAACUUGGUUGCUUCUCAAGUACAUAAAGACCGACGGGAUAGUGAUGAAUGGGACGCCUCUAAAGUCCCGCCCUCACGCUUCCAAAAGCGCAAGGGCUCCAUCUACGCCGUGCCGCCUUCGCGCGACGGCAGGAUUGAUAGCAACUACCAAAGCAAGUACUUUGAGAAGUUGCAUGAGAAGGGGUACGACAAGAAGUAA